AUGCAGGUGCUCUGCAUAGCAAAGUGGAGGAACAAAGUACAGCUGUUUCAUGAUAAAUGGAAAAGUUUUGCUGAGAGAUCAACCUUUGUGACGCACCAGAGAGUCCAUACAGGAGAAAAACCCUACAAAUGCCUGGAGUGCGGGAAAUGUUUUGCUCAACAUUCGAAUAUUGUGAAACACCGGAGAAUUCAUACAGGGGAGAAGCCCUAUAAAUGCCUGGAGUGUGAGAAAUGUUUUACUCGCCAAUCGUACCUUGUGGCCCACCAGAGAAUCCAUACAGGAGAGAAGCCCUAUACAUGCCUAGAGUGUGGGAAAUGUUUUGCUCAGAACUCAACUCUGAUACAACAUAAGAGAAUUCACACAGGAGAGAAGCCCUAUAAAUGCCUUGAGUGUGGGAAAGGUUUUGCUGAUAACUCGGGUCUUGUGAAACACACACGAGUCCACAUGGGAGAGAAGCCGUAUCAAUCCCAGGCAUUUUAAACUGUAUCUUAUGUGUAUUUUAUAGUGUAUUUUAACAGUAUUGCAUUAUUGUUGUAUUUUGGUGUAGUUUGGUUCCUU